UAUGUUCAGGCGGAACAGUUAGCUGUCAUUCUCAAACUAGCCAAUCGCUUCAGAAAACGGGGAAAAUUGCUUGUCAAUCAUCAUAAUGUAAACAAUCCGUUUGGAGAGUCGCUUGUCAAUUAUUUUAGUGCCCUAAUCAGCUUUAACCAAACAUAGAAAUGGUCCGCCUCGUAGUGUAUCGUGCAUCUAGGAAGUGGACUUGUGUUGACGAAGUGCUCCUUACUAUUGAGUUACCGAUUUACCCGUCCAUGAUCCUUUGACGUUAUCACUCAGAAAAGCAAGACCUUGGCUUUUCAGGAGUAAAAUUUAAUUGUUUCCAUUUCGCAAACUUCGACUUUUUGGACAUUAGCAGCACAGAGGUCUCUGCAACAAUGCAUCCAUCAGCAAUUCUGUGUCUGUUAUCCGGAUUGCCGGCUGCUGGAAAGUCCACUCUUGCCCGGUGCCUGGUCAGUGCGCUUCGGAGCAGAUCAUGGCCAUGUUUUGUAAUUUCUUAUGAUGAUAUAAUUCUCAAGGAAGCCUUUCCAUCGGUGAAUGACGAGACUGGUAGCCCGGAUGAAAAGUCCAGUUGGAAAUUACAUAGACAGAAAGUUCUCCUGUGCCUGGAACGUUUCUUACAAAUACUGAACAACACGCCUCACGCACUGUACUCUCCGAUUGAAGAUGAUGUCAUUUGGAUGCGAUUUAUUUGCUGCCUAAAACACAAAGAUGGACAAUCACUCUCUGCAUCAAAUAACAGUGAAAUCCUUCCAGAUUCUCUUUGCAUGCAGUUUUUAAGAGCUCCACUUGUUGUUUUAGAUGACAAUUUUUACUACCCGAGUAUGCGAUAUGAGGUUUUCCAGCUUGCAAGAAAAUAUUGCUUAGGUUUCUGUCAUGUGCAUUUGGACUGCCCUUUGGAAUUGUGUCUGAGAAGAAAUCGACAUAGAGCAACUCCAUUGCCUGAUGAUGUAAUCAUCGCCAUGUCAAACAGAAUUGAACCUCCAAAUCCAAACAAAAAUUCUUGGGAGAAGAACAGCUUGGCGGUGACCACAAUGGAUUUUAUUAAGGAUAAGGAUAUAAAUACUAUAAUGGCAUUAUUUGAAAAUGCCAUGAACAAUCCACUGUUACCACAUGAGGAUGAUGCAGGACAAAAGGAAGCAGAUCGUAUAUGCUGUGCCUCCAGCCUUGUUCACCAAACUGAUCGGGCAUUGCGUCAUGUGGUAUCCCAGGCUAUGAAGACAGCCAAAGAUAACCAAGCAUCUUCACGAAAUCUGAGAUCUCUUGCUGAACAACUUCACAAAUUAAAAGAAAGCCUUUUGGAUGAUCUAAGACAUGGACACUUAAGAGGCAGGGGGUUUAACCUGAGAUCUAUGGAUGAAGUGGUGAUAGAGGCUACUGAACUGUUUGAACGAGAAACAAUGAACAUUGUAAGCAGCGACUGACAUUUCAGAAUUGUUUUUUCUCCAUGCUUUGUGUUUCCCUGUCUAUCUGACUGGUACUACAAACCAAGGAAGGAUGCACAAUACCGUACAUCUAUGCACUAGUCCUGUUCAAAGCAUGCCAAGCUUGACUGGCUGUAAGGUCAACAAGGAAGUAGCUGGCCUUGAGAAGAGAUGCAGUACUUUUUUGAAAUACUUUUCAUUUUGGGCAAAUAAAACUAUUAUGGACACAAAGUAGACAAUGACUUUGAUUUGAAAAGUUGGUCUGGAAAUGAGAGAAGUGGAAAAAAUGGUGUUCGUAAAUGGAUGUAUAUGGCCACUAUAUAAACAGUGGAUGAAUGAAAAAGACACCACAUAUUGUGGAUUUGUGAUUUAAACCAAAGAGUAUGUGGAAGGAUGCUGCUAAGUGUGUUAAAGUAGAAAAAGUAUGUGUGCUGAGUACGCAUCAUACGCCCUGUUCUGUCAUCAGGAAUGGAAACCAUUUGAACGACACUCGGCACACCUCACUAGCUCAUGAUCCACUGUGUAUAAAAGUUGACUUGGUAUUUUAAUUAAUUGGUGGACAUUUAUUUCGAGUUUAUUCUCCUGAAUAACACAGCGAAUGCAUGUUAGCAACCGAACUGUGUUGCUUUUGAGUGGUAUUACAGGGAGAUUCACUUGAAAGAGGCCCCGAAUAUUCUGUUGUAAGUCCCGUUAGGAUGAAGCAGUCUGAACCAAAAAAAUAUGCUAUAUACCUUGACGUAUGUGUAAUCGAUUACAUUACAUGUGAUGCUGGAAGUAGUUUCCGUUUUCUGCCAAACACAUUUCGACGUGGCGCUCCAUGUUCCUGAACAUAUUGGCAAGCGUCGCAGGGGGGAUAGCAGCAAUGUCACGUUGAAUGUUUACCUUCAAAUCUUCCACAGUGCGAGGCUUGUUCCAAUAGACUUUUCCUUUCAACAUAACUCAAAGGAAGAAGUCAUGUGGUGUCGGAUCCGGCGACCGUGGUGGCCAAAGCCCCUUUGAAAUUACCCUGUUGCCGAAUAAGUUCUGGCAAUGCCUCAUGCCGAUGUGUGACACGUUGCUCCAUCUUGCUGGAAGUAACCUUCCGUUAACUCACAAUUAUCCAGUUGAUUCUGACAUCGCUUAAAUGAAUCGGUGACCCAAUAGGAUCACAACAUGAAGACGCGCUGCUCAAUACUGUACACCACCAUCCUGAUGAGAAGUCGAAUGACUGAGUGAAGGGGUAAGGGCGGUAUGCACCCAGAAAUUGCAAACAGAGGUUAAAUGUCGCAACGGCUGUCCAGCGCCUACCUUAUCGCUCCAACGCAGGGGCAUCCCGGAUGGUUCAAAGCUUCAUAUACUGAGGAGCACAUUGCACAUUGUUUCGUUCAGAUUGCUUCUUCCUAGUGAGAGUUAUUACAGAAUAUUCAGGGCCUCUGUCAAGUGAAUAUCCAUCCAUCCAUUUUCCAACCCGCUGAAUCUGAACACAGGGUCACGGGGGUCUGCUGGAGCCAAUCCCAGCCAACACAGGGCACAAGGCAGGAACCAAUCCUGGGCAGGGCGCCAACCCUUUAUAUAUUAUUUAUUAUAUUUUUAUACAAUAUUUUUAUAAGCAAGUCCAUCCAUCGACCAUCAAACCAGCUUAGUUCUACUUAGAGUCACAGAGGCAAUAAUAGACAUUCAAGCAGAGUCCAUUGAAUAGCUGUAGAUACUGUAUAUCUUCUGCGUUACUCUGUUCUUCAUCUGGAGUAUAACAGUAUAGAGUCUUGUUUUGAUAUUCGUCUCAUGUUGCCUAACCGUGAAAUUGGGAAUAUCAGUUUUUUUUCCCCUCAAACUUUGUACAGAGACACCAAAGAAAAAAAUGCAUGAUCAUCCAUGAUAAACUGGUGCAUAACCAUAGUAGCAAUUACUCGCAUAAAAUUGUUUGAUCCAUUCAUUGUGUCAGCAAAGUUCUGGCUUCUGGUGUUCCUUAAAAAAAUACAAAAAAAACAACAACAACACAGUGUGCUUAUUGGGUUUAAGCAACUUGAGUAAAGCAAACGUGUCUGGACAAAAUACACAAAUUCACAAUUGCAGUCUUAUCUGCAUCUCAGUGAUAUAUACAACAAAAUUCACUUUCCUGCAUUAUUGAAAGCCAUACAGAUGUUCAGAAACACUCCAUUAAGGCUCCUGGAAAUAUUUUUGUGACAUCUAAUAUUUGUUGUAAAAUUGAAUUUUUCCCACAAAGGACACGCUCUUUGGUGUUGAUAAUUUUGAAGUUUGAUAUCCAUAUUUUAAAAUUCUGUAUGUUGAUCAGAUCUUACUGUAAAGUAUGGUCAUGAGGUGUCAUAAACCUCUUCCAUAAAAUGUUUUGGGGUCAAAUAUAAUGUGGAGGAAGACAGACACUAUCGAGAUGUGGUCAAAGUUUAUUUUAAUGAAAAUGCAUAUGUUGUUUGGUCAGAGCUUUCUACAUACUUUAUUUCUUAUUUUUCUUUGUUAUGCGUGAAUGAGACGAUGAAACCUUUCAAUCUGUCUUUUCACCGUGGUGCAUUGUAGUAUUUGGCCAUGCCUACACAUCACCAGUAUUCAGGUAUUGUAUUCCAACAGUAGGUUGAAUUCUAGUGUUGCUAUUUAUUAAAAUUUUAUA